AUGCAAGACGGACCUUCUGCCGGGUUCGCUAACACAAAAGCUGGUGAUGCCGCCGCACGUCUGCAUCGUCUGCUCGAGGAAGAGAUGGACAUGCUAUCCGCAAGCUGGCUAGAAGUCUGUCUCCGGCUGAAAGGCAAACUGGAGCAGGGUCUGAUGCGGGAGACUGUGCAAAGUAACUCAGGGGAGGCCCAGAGUGAGGACAUCGCGCUGCUUGACACACUCGAUGGGCUGAUCAAGAUGUUUGAAGAGCAGGGGAGGGAGGAGGGCGGUGUUGCACUACCCAUCACGGCAGACGAAGCUGAGAAUCAUUUGCCCGGGCUUUCAAGACCGUUCCAGCAGCGUGGUCUCUGGGCGGGUCGUAAUGCUGCUGAUGGAACACGAUACUGGAAGAAGGAUGGACACGGGUGCUUGGUCUCACCGAGAUGUCAUCUUCACGGAGGCACUAAUGGUUACUGUUCUGGCGAUGAACUCCAAGCGAAGCUGAGGGCCGCUGGGGAUUCACUCGCUUCGAUCAGGGCGGACGGUGACUACAAGAAGGAAACUGAGCCGCAGAAGUAUCAAGCCAGUGAGAAGAGUCGCCCUCCAUCCGAUCCAUCUCCAAAGAUGAAGCUGUAUCGCAGCAGACGAGGCCGCACAUAUCUCGCGCCGGACAAGGAUGCUAGUGAGGAGGCCACGGAAGGAGAGAAGCCCCUGAGGCAGGCGAAUGGUGGAGGCCGACGGAAGACAUCACAGUGGAACAAGGUCGUGCUUGCCGAUGGUUUCUCGCGCCGCCGCCAUCGCGCAUUGAUAGAGCGCCGCAAAGCAGAAGCAGCCCACGCCGCGAUGCAGCGAAUAGCCGAUGUCGACGUCGAAAUGACAGAUGUCGACGCUCUCCCGCCCAGCAGCGACAGUGGCUCGAGUACCUCCGGUCUGAUAGACUCUGAAAUCGAGCUCCGCCAUCUCCUCGAGCGGGAAAUGGAUGGAGAGCCGGACGAUUGGAUGUCUGUCAGUACACGCUUGCAGGAGAAGCCUAGGCAGGAUUUGAUGUUGGAGAUCAUGGGUGGAGACCCUGGCGAAGGAGAGCCGAGGGAGAUUGCGUUGUUGUGUGUUCUUGAUGAGUUGGUCAAGUUGCUGAGGGCCGAAGAGCGAUCAGAGCUAGAUGAAGUCGCGCCAUCUGGCGACAUUGCACCAGCUAGCCUCUCCACUAUCACGCACGAAGUACAUCCUCCGGUCACAUCAUCCCCCGCAAGCACUACCGCAUCACCAGCUCCUAAAUUUUGCUACUACAAACCUGACCCCAGGGCAAUAUGCAAGAACCACGCCAAGGGUACGUGCGUCGGCGAUCCCGAUGACUAUGAUCCAGUCAGCCAUAAAUGGACAAAGGUGUCCACGGUGCCCGUUAAGCGUUACGGCAAUGUCGAUAGCAAUAUGGACAGCAAAGAAAAGGUGAAGGCGAAGACAAGGCGGUUCUGUAGUGAGUGCUUGGUGCACUGGAAAGCAAACCAUGAGAGAACAGUGCACGUCAAGAACGACCAGACAGAUGGCAGCAUAACAGCAGCAGCAUUGGCUGUUGAACGUGUUAACGAAGAUGGCACAGAAGAGGGACGAGAGCCAGUAGAAGCACCAGCUCAAGUACAGGAGACAUCGGUGACGAAGGUGGUCGACUAUGCCAUGGAGGAGGGCGAAUAG